CCGGUACUUAUCCAUGCUCUGUCUUCUGUCUGUUAACAUCUGACUACAAAGUCGUAUUAUUGCAAUGCCGUCGUCGCAACGACAGGUAUCGGGAGUUGUCACUAGACUCUCGGCGCGUGCAAGCCCAUAUCACAAUGCAGUCACUUUGUUUGAAGCCGGAAAUGCGGAUCAGCCGUCAACAUCACUGUCUUCCAGUCCAAAGCCGUCGAAGCGUAUCAAGCUCGAGGUCGAAUCCGGGACCUCGAGCAUCUCAGACUGUACACGUUCCGAGAGCCCACGGAAGACGUCACCAACUUUGAAGCUGGAAGAAAUGGUAUCCGAAGGGGAUGCGAGUUUGCAAGUGAAAAUCAAGUCCCCCAAGAAACCUAAACCGAUACCGCGGUCUCUGGACACUCCACAUAUUACUCCAUUACGCUGGAAGGAGGUGUAUGACUCGAUCAAACAGAUGCGCACACAAAUGGUCGCUCCUGUAGACACUAUGGGGUGCGAACAAGCCCAGCACAAGGAGAAAGACCCAAAGAACCGACGGUUUUCUACGCUAGUUUCUCUGAUGUUAUCUUCCCAAACGAAAGAUGAAGUCACGGAUGCAGCUGUUGACAAGCUGCGGGCUGCCGUAGGAGGCACGCUAUCUGUAGCUGCCAUCAUAUCUGCGGAUGAGUCUACAAUAUCAGAUGCAAUAGCAAAAGUUGGCUUCUGGCGACGGAAGACUGGGUAUAUCAAGAAGGCGGCUUUACGGUUACGGGAUGAGUUCGAUUCAGAUGUACCCAAGACGGUGGAUGAGCUAUGCUCUUUGACAGGAGUCGGACCUAAAAUGGCGUUCCUUACACUUCAAGUCGCCUGGAAUCUCAAUCACGGCAUCGGCGUGGAUGUGCACGUUCAUCGUAUCACCAAUAGGUUGGGAUGGCAUCAACCGCCCACCAAAAAGCCUGAAGAAACGAGGUUAAAUCUUCAGUCGUGGUUACCUCUCGAAUUGCAUCGCGACAUUAACCACUAUGCUCGUCGGAUUUGUACUAAAGGGCUGUGUCCAAGUGCUAAUACAAAACCUCCGAAAAGCCCGAAGAAGCGGAAGAGACAAUCUUCUCCAAGCCUUGAACCCGAGUCUGGACCAAAGAUCGAUAUUGCAAUCGAGUCUUGACUUAUGGAGAGUUGAUGUCCUUCCUGCCCCCACCUAGCAAUGCAUGCAUAUAUUUUGUGAUGUCCAGAUACAAUAUCUUAUUACCUACUAACUCACAUAACUGAUUACCCAGAUCGAAGUGUUUGUCUCGAGCAAAAUAAACAAAUUAUGUUGGACGCUGUAA